AUGGUGUCCUUCGCAAGCAUCGACACUGCCGGCCUCGUCCGCCCGCUCCUACUCUCCCUGCUGCCCGUCGCGUACCUCGUGAAAUGGGUCGUCGAGUGGCGACGCCUCGCGCACGUGCCGGGCCCGCUCUGGUGGUCCAUCUCUCCCUUGCCGAUGCUGCAGGCCAACCUCGGCGGGUACUCGCACAAGUCGCUCAGUGACCUGUCGAGGAAGUAUGGCCCGCUGGUCCGCAUCGGCCCCAAGGCCGUGCUGACGACCGACUUCCGGCACUGCCAGAAGAUGGAGGCCCCGCGGUCGCCGUACCGCAAGGGCCCCUGGUACGGCACGUUCCGGUUCCAGAAGGGCGUGGACCACUCGUUCUCGAUGCUCGAUGAGGACCGGCACGCCGCGCUGCGGACCAAGAUCGGCCCGGGCUACUCGGCCAGCGCAAUGGUCGAGGACGCCAUCGACCGGCAGCUCGCGCGACUGUUUGCGCUGCUCGAGCGCAGGCACGUGAACCACCAUGGUGCCGAGACGACGAAGAGGGUGGACCUCUCGGUCAUCACGCAGUUCCUGGCGCUCGACAUUGUCGGGGACAUGACGUUUGGUCGGCCGUUUGGGUUCCUGGACGACGGGGAGGACCUAUUUGACUGGAUCCGGUGGAACGAGGGCUUCUUCCCGAUCGCCUCGACGUGCGCGACGUUCCCCGUGCUGGGCAGGCUGUUCCAGACGUGGCCGUUCUCCGAGGCGCUGCCCAAGCCCACGGACAAGAGCGGCCUGGGCUGCUUCAUCCGGGCCGCCGAUGAGACGCUCGACGAGCGGUUCCAGCCCGGCGCCGAGCCGAGGCGGGACAUGAUAGACAGGUUCCUGCGUCAGGGCGCCACCAGGAGCGAGGCCACCAGCGAAGCCCUCGUGCAGGUCGUCGCAGGGACAGACUCGGUCGCCGUGGCCCUGCGCAUGGCGCUCGUGUACAUCCUGACCAACCCGCGCGUCUACAACAAGCUCAUGGCCGAGAUUGAUGCCUCUGCUGACGCGGACUCGGACUCGGACUCGUCUGUCUCGGCAUCGAGCACCGCCCCGACCGCCAUCAUCCGCGACGCCGAGGCCAAGAAGAUGCCGUACCUGCAGGCCGUGAUCCGGGAGAGCGUGCGCAUCUUCCCCUCGCAGACGCCGCUGCUCAACAAGACGGUUCCCCCGGGCGGAGACGUCGUGGCUGGGUACGAGCUGCCUGCGGGGACGCAGGUCGGCAUGGACGGGUGGGGCAUCCUCCGCAGCAAGACGCACUGGGGCGACGACGCCGACGUGUUCCGCCCGGAGCGGUGGCUCGAGGCGGCGGCGGGCGACCGGGCGCGGCUGGACGACAUGUCGGCCUGCCUCGAGGCGCUGUUUGGGUACGGCCGGUUCAAGUGCCUGGGCCGGAGCGUGGCGUUUAUGCAGCUGAGCAAGGCGCUGCCCGAGCUGCUCCGCCGGUACGACUUUACGAUCCUGGACCCGACGCGGCCCGUGGAGAAGAUGCACAGCGCGGCGUUCUGGAUGAUGGCCGGCUUGUGGGUGACACUGGAGCCGAGGGGCAGAGUGUAA